ACGUUUGAUGCACACAGUCGCAUCUACACGUCAGUCCUGGGAACUAGGAGUGAGACUGUGUGAUACACCACCACAGGGAUAGGCACAGUUUUUCCUUGAGACAGUCUCUCCGUGUAGUUCUAAUUCCACGGACUUCAAAAAAAUUUGCAAUCCAACUUCAGAAGGAAGCGGAAGUCUUUGAAUUUCCAUUUCUCCAGCUUGAGAAUUGUCACCCCCAUUAAUUAAAUGUUGGUUGACCUGGUUGGCUGGUUGUCGGCAUUAUCUCAUCUCUCUGUGAAUUUAAAUCACAUGGCGAGAACCAGAACGAGUUGACCCUCUUUUCUUAGGCGCGAUGGAAGAGGCUGACGAAAUGGGCACCAAAGUAGAAUUAUAUGUCUACGAUCUGACGAAGGGAAUGGCAGCAAUGAUGUCGCAGAUUCUCAUAGGUCGUCACCUGGAAGGAGUUUGGCACACAGCAGUGGUGGCAUACGGUCGAGAGUACUUCUUCGGUCCCUCGGGAAUUCAGAGUGUCAGACCCGGAGGAACAGUCCUGGGUGAGCCAGAGCGAGUCGAGAAGCUCGGCGAUACAUUUCUUCCUUAUUCAGUGUUCCUGGAGUACAUAAACGGACUCGGUACCUCCAAAUUUGCAACUGGCGCGUACCAUCUCAUUCGGCUGAACUGCAACAAUUUCUCGGACGAAGUAAGCAGCUUCCUCGUGGGUAGCGGUAUUCCAAAAUACAUUUUGGACUUGCCAGAGGAAAUUCUGAAGACACCGGUGGGACAAGCGUUGGCACCGCUCAUUGAGUCUCUGGCGAGUCAAUCUAGUGCGGGUUUUACGGUUGGACAGAGAUUCGUUGAACCCAGGAUACAGCGGGAGGCAUCACCGGAGUAUCAACUGCUGAAUAGUGAAAUUGAAGAGGCCAGGUUAAAUUCAAUUGCUUUGGAAGAGAGGCGAAACGUACUCAACGAAAAAUUAGCCAAGAAGGAGCGUAAGAAGAAAAAAAAGAAGAAGGAAAAGAGGGAUAAGGCAUUGAGAGAGCCCAGUGGAAGUGAGUGCAAUAGUACAGGUACUAGUAAUUGUGCAACGAUGGCUGACAGUGAAGUAGCUGAGAUGCAACCGACAAAUGGAGACUUGGGAGCAGAAAUGUUGCCUUCAGAACGAGCUCUCGAGAUGGAAGCAGCAGAAAGAAGAGAAAUGGAGGAGAGAAAACGCCAGAGGGAUCCUCCAAUUGUAUUCAAAGAUCAGAUAGAUGUUGGUGCUGAAUUCGAGGCUCUCGUUAGCCUGUUGGAGGGAAAAUUGAAUGAAACUGAACAGGCCAAUCUCGAAGAGCUUCGUCAGUAUGUCCUUGAGAACGAGGGGUCCUGGGCACUGGGGGAUAAUUUCCUCAAUUUUGUUGGACGGAUUUUGUACGAUAAAUCAUUGGACAGCGCUGCAAGGGUCAGACUACUGAACAUCCUCAGUGUUGCGGCCCUGAAAGACGAUGUGAUUCUCCUACUCCAUCAGGACAGAAGAGAACACAUUAUUAUGAACUUCGCGUAUGAUAUCGAUCGUCAUCCAGUCGAGGAACAACUUCCUCUCGCACAAUUCAUGGCGAACAUGUUCGAGAACCUGAGCAGUUCCGAAUGGCUUCUGUACAUCUCAGAGUGGCAACACAACAAUCAGGGAAUUAGUAACAUCAGAGUAACUACAAAAGUCUCAGUGCACUCUCUGCUGUCGGAGAAUGUGGAACUUCAAGCUCGUGGCACAGCAAUAAUCCACAACCUCGCCUGCAAGGAGAAAAUGAACAAAAACAAAGCCCUCCGGCAACUCUUACCCAAAGGCAGCUCUUCUAAGGUGUUUGACGACGUAGCAGUGGAGCUGACGAUGGCCUUACUCCAGUACUUCAACGGAAGUCCCCCUGAGGAUCAGCUGUUCGCGUGCUUGAAGGCGCUGGCCCGUUUCACCCAAAUAAGUGGCCAGGAGGUGCCACAGCUCAUCCAGAUGAUCGGCCCUGAGCCCAACAAAUUUCGAGGGGCAUCACAACGAGUCGACGAGAUGAUCGACCAAGUGAACAAGAAACUCCGUUGAUUUCUCUCAUCAAUCAAUUUUUUAUAGGAUUUUUAUUCAUUAUUUAUUGAAUAACGAGCCCGUGCUCACAAUAAUUUUGAUGUUUUUUUUAUUUGCAAUUUUUAUGGCUGAAAAAAUUGAAAAUUUCGGACAAACGGAAGCAAAUACUACGGUAUUUGAAUAAUCAGGUGGAUAUUUGAUGUAAUCGAUCGUUAAUUAUGUACAGAAAAUAUAACAGUGAUUAAUAUAUUAUUUGUUAGAAAUAGA